AUGGCCAUUUUGGUGGGGAUCUCUCAUAAACGUUUGCAGGCAGUUCUUUCAACCCAAGGCGGGGCUACAACCGGAAGCGGCCUUAGAUGGACUGUAUUUCUACAAACCUUCAAGCUAAACUCUUCUAUCAAAAUCAAUAGUUGUUUAACUUUUCAAGGGGUUCAUAUUUGCAGGAAUCCUACACCAGAAGUCAAUCGCUGGGUUAUGCCACUGGAUGUUGUCAUCCGCGGAUUCGCCUGCUCCGCAUCCACUGCAUCACCCUCUCAAACUCUUUACGCGAUGCAGUUUGCGACAGGAAACAGUAUUAAAGCAACUGCUGAAAGACAACGACAUACCAGAGUGAAUUGGCUUAGACCUGGACAGUGCCAGCUUAUUUCCAAUAUUAACAAUACUGUCACAGCCGGCUUCUGGCGAGGAAUGGAACCACCAAACGAGCUACGUUCGGGUCCAGGGGUUACUACAACCCCCUCAGCUACAAUAACUUUCGGUCCCUUCUUAACGCCCGCAGCCUCCGUCACUUUUGCGCCAACUCUUGUCACCAGUAUAUCUACUCCUAACAUGGAUAACAUCAAUGUUCUUGCCAUGUUAUCGCGGGGAGCAGGCCCCGAAAUGACAAUUGGGUCCUGUACAUGGCCGACUGACCAGACCACUGUCACGGAUUCAAACCACCGCACAACGGUCUAUGCACAGCUUGUCUGCGGGGACAGUGGGAACCGGGAUUGUUGUUUCUUUGGAGGAACUAGCACUACUCCGUUACGUACGUGUCCAGAAGGUUAUACGACCACUGGGGAGACUGCAUGCUGCCCACUUGGCUGGUCAAUAUUUAGUACUCUGCUCGGCACACAAAUCCCAUGCUAUUCGCAAGUUUCUACCGCUACCCCCCUUUCUACGACUCCAUCAGGGGAAGUUAGUGUCGUCACCAUCCAUACUGCUCUAUUUGCUACAAAGUACGAUCUUUUUGCCUCCGAAACCACGAAGCCACCAGCAUCUCCAGCGUCUUUAGUGGGUACAACAUCUUCAACGUCUUCAGCAGUUUUCAAACCUUUAGAAAAAUCUCCCGCCAGUUCACGGCGGCUAACUGACAGAGCAAUUGCUGGCGUGGUCAUUGGAUCCGUGUUCGGCGCCGUACUACUGCUAGGGAUUGUCCUCAUUCUUCUACGUCAAUGGAAGUCUCGAAAUUCCGAUCCUGCAAUCACUGUGGAUGACUUGAUCCGGCAGCCAGCUAUAGGUGUCCAUGAACUCGGCACAACCGAUCACCAGCACCCCUAUAUGCAACCUCGUGACGAUGCGUGGAUGACGAGAACGACAUCUACCAUCCCCCUUAAUGACAUUGGUUUCUACCUAUCGACGACUCAUUCAACAGAAAUUGCUCCCACUAUCCGGGCCAUUGAGCCACAAGAGCUGCCGGGAAAUAUGUUCAUCAACGAAUACCAUCCUGCUUAUCGAAAUGAUCCAGAGUCUUGGGAAACUUGA